AUGACCAAGACCCUUCUGAAUGAGGACUCAGAAGACUGUCGCAAAGUGGGUCUAAACCCCUUCUGCAAACUUAACCCGCUGCCAGAUGCAAAAUAUGACCAUGAAGCCGCCAGGAAGGCCAGGGCGGCCAAGAAAACCACCAAGAAGCACAAGAAGAAGCCAACUGCCUCUGAAAUGCUUAAUCUGGAUGACACCUCUGAAUUGGAGGAUGAUACGGGAGCCAGUCAAGCAGUUGAAGAAGAGCCACUCAAUUCCUCUGAUUCAAACUACCAAGAGGUUUCUCGCUCUUCCUCUGGCGAAUCAUCACAGACCCAACUGCGGGCUUUCAAGUCUGCCCCUGGUGGACAAGCAAAGCCUAGCAAGAAGGAAAAGGUGACCAAGCCAGCUAAGGCUCCUAAAGCUGUUGAAUUGGAGCAGCAAGUCUCUGCACCCGAAGUUUCUGAAAAACAGCAAGAACCUGCCCCGGACGUUCCACCUGAAAUCCCUGAUCUCUCCACUGAUCACACCAACACCGACUCUUUGAUCACUGAACCAUCAAGCUCACUUAAGCCAUCAGAAACUCAUACUGAUGAUGUUCUGAUCACUGGCACCGGUUUUACAGAACCAGGAAACCCAACAGCUUUGUCCAAGCACUCUGCCAAAGAAGAGGUUAUCAAAAGGCCGAAAGUGAGGUUUGAUGUCUUGCAUUGUGCACAAUUGAGCAGCAGUGAAAUACUCUCUCGCUACCUCAGCCAAGUACACUCCAGCCGCGAUCUUGAAAUUGAUAUGGUGAAGCAGAUGCACCAAAAAUAUGAGAAUGCCACUGCUGAACUUCAAUCACAACUGACCGAUGCAAAGACCCGACUAGAAAACCAAGAAGCUGAGACCCGGAAGGCCGAUUCAAAAUUCCAAUUUAGCGUGGCUGAGAAGGAAAAGCUGAAGACCAGUUUUGAGGCAGAGAGAACCAGCUGGGCUGAAGAGAAGACUGCUUUGAUGCAACAAGCUGAAAAAGCAGAGGAAGCUCUUCAAGAGGUGACCACUGAGCUCACUGGCUUAAAACACCAUGUAUCUCAGUUGGUUUCUGCUAUCUUUGGUCCUAGGAGCAGCAACCUGAACCAACACAUGCUUGUGAAGCUGAAGGCGGUUUACACCCUUGUUGAACAGCUGUAUACUGGAGCUCAGCAUACACUGGCUACAAUCUCUCUGACUAAUCAAGCACUAACUCUGUUGAUAGAUGUCUUGAAAAGACUUUUUGUGCUACCUGCCAGGAUUGAUGAGAUGAAGCGGUCGUUGAUACGUCUCCAACGCUCGCCGCCGCUUGCCGUUGCCCAGGGAACCCCAUCGCCAGCCGGCGCCGGCCCCGCCCCUCCCGGACUCCUCUGCAUCCCUCCUCUCCCUCGUGCGGCAUCGCCUGAAGCCGCGGCUCGCCUAGUCACCGACCCGUCGCCGUCGCGCGCCAUCGCCCUGCGCCCGUCCUUCGCCGCCCCGUCGUCGCCGGUGCUCCCCGUAGCCCGCCUCUUCGUCCACCUCCCCGCUAGGAUACAUCGCCCCUCGCCGCUGCCCGAAGGCCUCCCCAUCGCCGGACCACCCGCCGUCGCUGCUCGUCGCCGCAGCCCGGAGCUCCUCCGCCUCGUCCGUCGCCCCGUCCUCGACUCCCCUUCGACGGCUCCACCGAGCCCAUUGCCUUCCCCCUGGAGCUCCCCUGUGAGGAACCCCCCUCCUAUCCUCCUUCCCCUCCUCCCGUACGGCCACCGUCUGCCACUCCCUCACGUCGCGCGCGCGUGCGCCGACGCGCACCACGGUGCCUCGCGCGCCUCCCCCUGCUCUGGCCACCGAGGCCUGCGCCUGUCGUGGCCUUGCUCCGCGCCCGCCGCGGACCUCUGGCCGCGAACGGCGUCCUCCGCCACCCCCAGCUGCUCUGCCUUCCUCGCUUCACCCCCUGGCGCUGGCGCCGUCGCCCCGCCGGUGCCCGCUGCGCCCUGCCCCGCGGCUGGAUCGGGCGAGCGCCCUGUCAGACGGGCUGCGCCCAGCGCCCGCUUCAGCCGCCUAGCGCCCGCCCCGUUAAGGCCUUGGGCCUAUGACAUAUGGGCCCCACGCCCCAGAACAAAAAAAGGAACUAAAAAUAAUAAUAAUGAUUAA